AUGGAAAUCUCUGAACUAGAAAAGAGAGCAGGUAUUGAUGAGAACACAAUAAAUUUAAACACAAUCCCUAAUAUUAAUCCUGAAGGUAGCAUACCCUAUACAACUAAUAUUAGAUUAGGAGAAUAUAUGAUUGAAAAGAUUAAGAAAGCUGGCCUUUUGCCACUAUGGAAUUUAUUAAUUCAUUCAGUCUGUACAUUUGGUUCAUUUUUAAUUGUAUCGAUGAUUGUUGGUAUACUAAUAGUCUGUUAUACUACACCAAAGCCAUCAGUUCCAAAAUGUGAACUGAAAUUUAAUCGAAUCGAUCCAAAUCCAGUUAAAUAUAAAUAUGGACCACGAUCAGUUGCUACAGGUGAUUUCAAUAAAGAUACUUGGAUAGAUAUGGUCGUUGUUAAUAAUGCUGUCGAUAGUAUAACUGUCUAUUUUGGAAAUAGUAAUAUUGCAUUUCAGCGUCAAAUGCAAUAUUCGACUGGUCCAGGUUCAUCUCCUCGUAUGGUCGUCGUUAAUGACUUGAAUAAUGAUCAUCAACUAGAUAUUAUAGUGGCAAAUUUUCGCACCCAUAAUCUUGGAAUAUUUCUCGGCUUUGGAAAUGGAUCGUUCGCUAAUCAAUUAGAAAUAUCCACUGGUGUAUCUCGUCCAGCUUCGAUUACUAUUGCAGACAUGAAUAACGAUACAUUACUUGAUAUUGUUACUGCCAAUUAUGGAACCCAUAGUGUGAGUAUCUUCUAUGCAUACGGAAACGGACGUUUUUCAAAUUCAGUAUCGUACUCGAUCGGUUAUGACGCUCAACCCAUCUCGUUGAUCACUGGUGAUUUUAAUAAUGACAAUUAUGUAGACAUUGCUGUGGCGAAUUAUGAUACACACAAUAUAGUUAUUCUUUAUGCAAAUAACAAGAGUACUUUUGAAAAUCAGGUUAUCUUAUCAACUGGUCUUGGUUCUCAUCCAUGUUCAAUUGCUGCUGGUUAUAUCAAUGAUGAUUCAUUCCUUGAUAUUGUUGUUGCCAACUAUGGAACUAAUAGUGCUGGCAUGUUUCUCAGCAAUUUUAACGGAACUUUUACAAAUCAACAGACGUUUUCACUGGGUAAGGUUUCCCCAUAUGCGAUAGCCCUUGGUGAUUUCAAUCGCGAUAAUAAUAUGGAUAUAGCUAUCACAAAUCAGGGCGCAAAUAAUAUCGGAAUACUACUUGGAUCUAAUACUGAUAAGAAUAUUUCUACAAGUUCUAUAAAAUAUUAUUCAACAGGUUCUUUGUCUUCGAUUAUGUUUACUAUAGUUGAUUUGAACGGAGAUAAUCGACUGGAUAUCAUCGUUGUAAGCAAUGAUACUGGUUCCAUCGAUGUUCUUCUUGGUUAUUUUGAAGGUUUUCCCGAUAAAGUAACUUAUUCAACUGACUCUAGUCCGACAUCCGUAAUUGUGGGCGAUCUAAAUAAUGAUAACCGAUUGGACAUCGUCGUUGCCAAUGCUGGUAGCAACAAUGUUAGCGUUUUUCUCGGAAAUGCCGAUGGUUCAUUUACCGAACAAGUAACUUAUGUAACUGGCUUCAAUCCUACAUCUGUGAUUGUUGGUGAUCUAAAUAAUGAUACUCGAUUGGAUAUCGUCGUCACCAAUGCUGAUAGCAACAAUGUCGGCAUUCUCCUUGGUCUCGACAGUGGUUCAUUUGCCGAUCAAAUGACUUUUGCAACUGGUUCUCACCCUGUGUCUGUAACUAUUGGUGAUCUCAAUAAUGAUGCUCGAUUGGAUAUUGUCGUCGCCAAUGCUGGUAGCAACACUACGAGCGUUCUUCUCGGCCAUGGCAAUGGUUCAUUUGCUGAUCAGAUAACUUAUUCAACUGGCUCUGACCCUGCGUCUGUGAUUGUUGGCGAUCUCAAUAAUGAUACUCGAUUAGAUCUUGUCGUCGCCAAUGCCGGUAGCAACAGUAUCAGCAUUCUGCUUGGCUACGGCAAUGGUUCAUUUGCACAUCAAGUAACUUAUUCAACUGGCUCUUAUCCUGUGUCUGUGAUUCUUGGUGAUCUGAAUAAUGAUACCCGAUUAGAUGUCGUCGUUGCCAAUCGUGAUAGCAAUAAUGUUGGUAUUCUUUUUGCAAAUGGUGACGGCUCGUUUACAAAGGAAAUUACUUAUUCAACUGGCCUAACUCCUCACUCUCUGACUGUGGGUGAUUUCAAUAAUGAUGCUCGAUUGGAUAUUGUCGUCGUCAAUGCUAAUAGCAACAAUGUUGGUCUUCUGCUUGCGAAUGCUGAUGGCUCAUUUGGGGCCCAAGUAACUUAUUCAACUGGCGUUGGUCCUUACUCCGUAGCUGCGGGGGACUUUAACGAUGAUUCUCGAUUAGAUAUCGUCGUCGCAAAUUAUUAUAGCUAUAAUAUCAGCGUACUUCUUCAGUACAAUAGAGGAGCACUUGCAAAGAAUAUGACAUACGCAUCUGGUGGCGGGUCCAGUCUACGGUAUAUUGCUCUGGCUGAUCUAAAUAAUGAUUCGCGUCCAGAUCUGGUGGCUGCGAACUACGGAACUAAUGAUGUCAGUGUUCUGUUUGGCCUGGGAAACGCUACUUUCCGAAGUCAAACAACGCCAAUGCCUAGUUCAAAUUCACAUCCAUCAUCAGUUGCUAUUGCUGAUUAUAACGGUGAUCAACAACUGGACAUUGCUGUGAUUAACUAUGUUUCAACAAAUGUAGACCUGAUGAUUGGAAAUGGAAACGACACAUGCAUAACUCAAAUAAAUAAUGGUUACCAUUUUGUUUCAUCUCCCUUCCUUCUCACUGCUGGCGACUUUAAUAAUGAUGGACGAUCAGAAAUUGUGGUUGGGUUCGAUGACAACGAUAAUAUCGAUGUUCUUUUCUCAUAUAACAUCGGAUCUUUUACAAUUGCACGAUCGUAUUCAACUGACUCGAAUCCUGCAUCUGUGUUUGUUGGUGAUCUAAAUAAUGAUACUCGAUUGGAUAUUGUAGUCGCCAAUGCCGGUAGCAACACUACGAGUGUACUUCUCGGUUACGGCAAUGGUUCAUUUGCCGAUCAAGUAACUUAUUCAACUGGCUCGAAUCCUGUGUCUGUAACUAUUGGUGAUCUCAAUAAUGAUGCUCGAUUGGACAUCGUCGUUGCCAAUGCCGAUAGCAACACUACGAGCGUUCUUCUCGGCCAUGGCAAUGGUUCAUUUGCCGAUCAAGUAACUUAUUCAACCGGCUCGAAUCCUGUGUCUGUAACUAUUGGUGAUCUCAAUAAUGAUACUCGAUUAGAUCUUGUCGUCGCCAAUGCUGGUAGCAACAGUGUCAGCAUUCUGCUUGGCCACGGCAAUGGUUCAUUUGCAAAUCAAGUAACUUAUUCAACUGGCUCUUAUCCUGUGUCUGUGAUUCUUGGUGAUCUGAAUAAUGAUACCCGAUUAGAUAUCGUCGUUGCCAAUCGUGAUGCUAACACUGUCAGCAUUCUUCUUGGUCUCGGCAAUGGUUCAUUUGCCGAUCAAGUAAUUUAUUCCGCUGGUUUUUACCCUUCCUCUGCAAUUGUUGGUGAUCUCAAUAAUGAUGCUCGAUUGGAUAUUAUCGUUACCAAUUAUUACAGCAACAAUGUCAGCAUUCUCCUUGGUCUUGGCAAUGGUUCAUUUGCCGAACGAAUACCUUAUUCAGUCGGCAUUGGCCCUUGGUCCGUUGCUGUGAACGACUUUAAUAGUGAUCGACAAAUGGAUAUCGUUGUCGGCAAUGCUGGUAGCAACAAUAUCAGCGUUCUUCUUGGUCACGGUAAUGGUUAUUUUGAAAAUCAAAUAAUGUAUUCAAGUGGUGGAUUCUCCUCUGGAUUAGCUGUUCAUGAUUUGAAUAACGACAGUCACCCGGAUGUUGUUAUUACCAAUCCAAGUAACAAAUGUGUGAGUAUUCUUUUGGGCCAGUCUAAUGAAGUUUUCGUACCACAAACGACACUCACUACUGCCAACAAUUCACGACCUCGGGCCUUGGCAAUCGCUGAUUUUAAUAAUGAUAAUCAUUCAGAUAUUGUUGUCGCGAAUUCUGGUACCAAUGAUAUUGGUAUUUUUAUCGGACAUGGUGAUAUCUCUUUCACGAAUCAAUCUACAUAUUCAACUGGUCCAAAUUCAUCUCCAUACUCUGUUGCUGUUGGUGAUUUUAACCGUGAUAGUUACGUAGAUAUUGUUGUCACUAACUAUGGUACUGACACUAUAGGCAUUUUUCUCGGUCGUGGAGGCGGUAAUUUCACAAAUCAAACUACAUAUUCUACUAACGUGGGCUCUAGACCAUAUUCAUUAUCUGUCAUUGACUUUAAUAAUGACACUUUUCUUGAUAUUAUCGUUGCUACUUACGAUGACAAUAAUCAAGGCAUCUUUCUUGGCUAUGGUGAUGGAACAUUUGACAAAUUCCUUGUUGUUGGCACUGACUAUGGGUCACAUCCUUUUUUGGUGUCUUUUGGUGACUUUAACAAUGACAAAAAGAUGGAUUUUGUAGUAGCUAAUGAAGGCACUGACAGUUUGAGUAUUCUCGUACAAACUUGUUAA